AUGAAGACACAAAACUUGCUUUUUGCUGCGUCUGCUGCUGUGUCUGCCGGGGCUGCGGCCGCCGGUGCCGUUUCGUGCGAUGAGAUGUAUCCUCAAUCGGCUGCUUUCUUUGGGUCAAUGGGAUGUGCAUCCGCUCUCAUUUUUGCGAACCUGGGCUCUGCCUAUGGUACGGCGAAAUCAGGUGUUGGUGUCGCUCACCUCGGUAUACUUCACGCCGAUCGGAUCAUGCGCGGUAUUGUGCCUGUUGUCAUGGCCGGUAUUCUCGGUAUAUACGGGCUCAUUGUGUCCGUCAUUAUCAACAAUAAUAUCAAAACGGAGCUACAUGCAUAUGCGGCAUUUUCCGGAUACCUGCAUUUUGGUGCGGGACUCGCUGCCGGUUUGUCUUCCUUGGCCGCGGGACUUUCCAUCGGGAUCGCCGGUGACGCAUCCGUCCGCGCGUACGGUAAGCAGGAAAAAAUAUUUGUUGCUAUGAUUCUGAUGCUUAUUUUUGCGGAGGCUCUUGGACUCUAUGGACUCAUUAUUGCUCUUCUAAUGAACAAUACCGCGAACAAAGUUAACUACGGACCGUGUCAGUGA